UUCAGAGAAAGAGAAACUGAAGUGUAGUUGAGCUGUUUUGUGUUUGUGUCUCUGUGUUCAUGCAGUAAAAUGGCAGAAGCCAGAUUUUCUCAGGAUGAGUUUAUGUGUCCAGUGUGUCUGGAUCUCCUGAAGGAUCCAGUAGCCAUUCCCUGUGGACACAGUUACUGUAAAAUCUGUAUUACAGGCUGCUGGGAUCAGGAGGAUCAGAUGAGAGUCUACAGCUGUCCUCAGUGCAGACAGACCUUCAGUCCAAGACCUGCUUUAGCUAAAAACACCAUUCUGGCUGAAAUGGUGGAGAAACUGAAGAAGAUUAAAUUUCCUGCUGACUGUUACGCUGGAGCUGGAGAUGUGCAGUGUGACGUCUGUACUGGAAGAAAACACAAAGCCGUCAAGUCCUGUCUGGUGUGUCUGAACUCUUACUGUCAGAAUCACCUUGAACAACAUGAGAGUUUGUUUAAAGGAAAGAGACACAAUCUGACUGAAGCCACUGGACGACUGCAGGAGAUGAUCUGCCAGAAACACGACAAGAUCCUUGAGGUUUUCUGCCGCACUGAUCAGAAGUGUAUAUGUCUGCUGUGUACGAUGGAUGAACAUAAAAACCACGACACUGUAUCAGCUGCAUCACAGAGGACAGAAAAACAGCACCAGCUGAAGGAGACGCAGAAGAUGUUCCAGCAGAGGAUCCAGCAGAGAGAGAAAGAUCUUCAGCAGCUGAGAGAGGCUGUGGAGUCUCAUAAGCGCUCUGCACAGACAGCAGUGGAGGACAGUGAGAGGAUCUUCACUGAGCUCAUCCGCUCCAUUGAGAGAUGCCGCUCUGAGGCCACACAGCGGAUCAGAGAUCAGGAAAAGACUGCAGUGAGUCGAGCUGAAGGACGACUGGAGCGACUGGAGCAGGAUAUCAAUGAUCUGAGGAGGAGAGACGCUGAGAUGGAGCAGCUUUCACACACACAGGACCACAUCCAUUUCCUGCAGAGUUUCCAGUCUCUCUCAGCUCCUCCUGAAUCUACAGAUGUAAAUGAUGAUCCCUUCAGUUCUCUCUCCUCUUUUGAUGGCGUAAGAGAAUCUGUCCGUCAGCUGAGAGACAAACUGGAGGAUUUCUGCAAAGAGGAGCUGAAGAAGAUCUCUGACAGAGUUACUUUCACCAACAUUGUUCCCAGAACCAGGAACGACUUCCUACAAUAUUCCCAUCAGCUCAAUCUGGAUCUGAACACAGUGAAUAAACGCCUCCAUCUGUCUGAGAGGAACCAAGUGAUUACUGACACUAGCACAGAUCAGCCAUAUCCUGAUCAUCCAGACAGAUUUGAUCAGUGGCCUCAGGUGUUGUGUAAAGAGAGUGUGUGUGGAUGCUGUUACUGGGAGAUUGAGAGGAGCAGAAGUGUGUAUAUAUCAGUGUCAUAUAAGAGCAUCAGAAGGAAGGGAUGGGGUAAAGAGUGUUUGUUUGGAGGUAAUGAUCAGUCCUGGUGUUUGUUCUGCUCUCCCUCCAGUUACUCAUUCAGACACAAUAACAUAGAGACUAAACUCCCAGUAAAGCCCAUCAGCAGUAGAAUAGGAGUGUGUGUGGAUUACAGUGCAGGAACUCUGUCCUUCUACAGCGUCUCUGGAGACACAAUGAGCCUCAUCCACACAGUCCAGACCACAUUCACUCAACCGCUCUAUCCUGGGUUUAGGGUUGAUUUCAGAUCAUCAGUGAAACUGUGUUGAUGAAUCAGAAUAGACUGUAGAGAGAUUCUACCCAUAAUGCUUUGAGCUCAUGAUGAAUCUGUAACAGUGAGAUGUUAUAGAGCCGAGGUGUCUAAACUUUUUACUACGAAGGGCCAAAAAUCAAACUUGAUCAAGGUCUGUGGGCCGAAAGUAAAAGAUGCAUUAUAUUAAAAUUUAAUUUUAUAUUAAA